AUGCAGGCCCCACCAAAAGACAAGAUGGACGAUAUGACACGGCUUGAUGCUGCUGUCUUAGUGAAGGCAAUCAGUUCUUUGGGGCUUCAAUCAGCAUUGACUAUCGCGGAUGUGCGGAUGAACGUGAAUCUUUCUGGCACGAACGUGCGGAUUAACGUGAGUCUUUCCGGGACGGACGUUGCUCCAAGAAAACUGUCAGCUGUGUCGCUACGGCCGGAUCGACUUGCAGCUGUAGAAGCGAAUCAGACGAGUUGA